CCGUUACCAAAGCAUUCUCAAGGCAAACACUAGCUGGGUAGCUAGGCUAGCCAAUCUGCCAGAUAAUCUUAUGGCUAUGAUAUAAGCCCCGUUUAGUCUGUUGACCAGGUUGAAGUUGAAGUACAAAACAGUUUACUACCACCCUCGUAUCCAACAUAUUACAUUUAGCUUGUAGUCUGUUCGCUGCGUGGCCUAAAUUAGAGGCUGAAACACCCAUUUUUUCCCUUUUGGAUCAGCUCAGUCUGCAAGGUAGCUAACUUAGUAACGUUUGCUCCACAGCCACCAUGGCUGAAUUUGGGUUCAAUGAACAUCAUCAGAACGAAGUCAUCAAUUACAUGCGGUUUGCACGUUCAAAGAGGGUGCUGAGACUCAAGACUAUUGACUCAUGCUUUGAGGAACUCAAAGAUAGCAGGCUGGUGGAGGAAACCUUCACCGUGGAUGAGGUGAGGGAGAUGCUGGAUGGGCUGCAGGCGGUGGUGCGUGGUGAAGUGGAGACGGAGCUCAUCAACACAGCCCACACCAAUGUGCUGCUGCUCAGGCAGCUCUUCUCCCAAGCUGAGAAGUUUUAUCUUAGACUUCAGACUGACAUCUCAGAGCUUGAAAACAGGGAGCUGUUAGAACAAGUGGCUGAAUUUGAGAAGACUGACUUUAAAACCACUGACAAGAUAAACCAGGAAACAAGCAAACCCAAGUUAGCGCCGCUGAACGAGGGUGGGGUUUCUGAACUUCUUAACAAGGAGAUAACAAGACUACAGGAGGAAAAUGAUAAACUGAAAGCCAGGCUGCGGACUUUAGAAUCCCAGGCUAUGAGUGCAUUAGAUGAGAAAACCAAGGCAGAGAGAGCUCUGAAAGACCUCCAGAAGGUGCAAGGUGAACAACAGCUGGUUGCUCACUCCCAGGAGAUCAACAGUCUAGAGGGCACAGUGGCAGCUUUGAAGCAGGACUAUGAAAUGUCUCUCAGCAUCAGCGCCGCCUCCCAGAAGCAUCUGCAGGAAAACCUGAUCUCCUCCAAACAUGAGCUUCUGCGAGUGCAGGAGCAGCUGGCCUUGGCAGAGAAGGAGUUGGAGAAGAAGUUCCAGCAAACUGCAGCUUACCGCAACAUGAAGGAGAUCCUAACCAAGAAGAAUGAGCAGAUCAAAGACAUUAGAAAGCGAUUGCAGAGAUACGAGCCCAACGAAUGAGUUCUACCCAAGACAGCUGCUUAAACAGAUGUCCAAGUGGUAAGACAGGACCAAAUUUUACGACUGUGGUUUGGACAAGAAACCGUCAGUUCCACUGCUGUUAGACAACAGAGACGGCAAAAAAAAAAAAAAAAAAACACUUCCUCAAGGAAUUGUUUAUACAUGCUUUAUCUGGCAUCUUCAGUAGUUAUUGGCUUUAGCAAAAAAGCGGGUGGUGGUACACACAACUGAACACACAAAUGAAGUAGUGACAAACGAUAGCCUUCUUCAGCUGUGCUUUUUUUCUACGUCUCAAUUUUGGAGCUCACUUACAGUAGCUAGCAGACUUCCCUCAGUGCUCUAUGCAAUUACUAUAAUGUCCCUGUUUAAAGAGGCCUUGUCCAUUUGCUGAACAGACACUGUCUGCCUGAACCUUUGCAGUCUUAUCUAUCAGAUAUUUAUAGGUAAUGUUUAGCUUCUUAGCACUGGGUUGUUGAUUAUUGCUAUUUCACUGAUCAGUCUUAUUUUAGCAGCUCCCUUUGUCCUCAAAACGCAGCCUUUAAUUAAGUUAGUUUGUUAUUAGUGAACAGCUUCAAAAUAACAUUUCCUGACCCUUUAAGGUCAAUUUUGCUUUGAUUUGUUACCUUUUAAAAGCAUUUUCACAAAAGAUAUUUCCAAUGAUCCGAUGCUCUGUGACAGUCUGAUCAUUGAAAAUAUACCCAGCUUCUUGUAUUUUAUUUUUUUCUGCUCUUGCAUAUUGACGACACAGAUAGUGAUCUAGGAUGAUUUCCCUACUUCCCUAUACACAAAAGGGCAUAGAAUAUUUUUGUCUGGAAACUUUAACUGUGUACUUUUCGUAUUGCUGUGGGUAAUGGAGUUUAAGAGAAAAAAAAAAUAUACAUGAUGUUCAUGAAGUAAUGCUCUUGUAGAGUAUGAUAUAUCUACCCUAUAUUACACUAGAUGUGCAUUUGUUUGUAUCGUGCAAAGUAUGGGGUAAUAAAAGCUGUUACCAAAUA